UAGGUCCCUUCAUACUCAAAAUUUUCUAUCAAUUUAUAUAUAUAAUUUUUUAAUAUAUCCAGAACUGCACUAGAAACCAUAAACUAAUCUGUCCCUCCAAGGCCCUAGCUUUUAGUCUAUUCCAAGGAAAUUUAAGCAAUGUUUUCCGCUGAAAAAGCAGUUUGAAGGAUUGAGGCAGCCAGUUCAAUAUCCCACUAUCACAUGAUGAGAGAUUUAAAGAGACUCAGAUGAGAUAGAAAGUAGCAGUGUUGUUAUUAACCUCAUCAUGUCAAGCAAUGCAAUCACUAUUAUUCUCUUGCUUCUCAAUAUCUCUUUGUUUCCUGCCACCUCUGCUCUGAACCAAGAGGGCCUCUCCCUACUUUCAUGGCUUUCAACCUUUAAUUCUUCUUCCUCUGCUGCCUUUUUCUCUUCAUGGAAUCCAGCUGACCAGGAUCCAUGCAAAUGGGAUUAUAUCAUAUGUUCCAGCAGCAGGUUUGUUUCCGAAAUCACAAUCACCUCACUCAAUGUUCCUACCAGUUUCCCAAGCCAGCUCCUCUCCUUCAACUAUCUUACCACCCUUGUACUCUCAAAUGGGAACCUCAGCGGAGAAAUUCCACCCUCGAUUGGAAACUUGUCUUCGCUUACCACCCUGAAUCUCAGCUUCAAUGCUCUAACAGGUAAAAUUCCACAGGAGAUAGGAAAGUUAUCCAAAUUGCAGUUAUUAUCACUGAAUUCCAAUUCCUUGCAUGGUGUCAUUCCAAAAGAAAUUGGAAACUGUUCACAGCUUCAACAACUUGAGCUGUACGAUAACCAGCUAUCCGGAAAGGUUCCUGCAGAAAUAGGCCAGUUAUCAGCUCUGGAAAUCUUCCGUGCAGGCGGGAAUCCUGGAAUUCAUGGGGAAAUUCCAAUGCAGAUAUCAAACUGUAAAGCACUAACUUUUCUUGGCCUUGCAGCUACGGGAAUCACGGGGCAGAUUCCAAGCAGCAUAGGACAACUAGAGAAUCUCCAAACACUUUCAGUCUAUACUGCAAACCUCACAGGUGCCAUCCCACCAGAAAUUGGUAACUGUGCAGCCUUGGAAAAUUUGUUUCUGUACGAAAACCAGCUUUCUGGUCAUAUUCCCGGUGAAUUUAGUCGGUUGAAAAGACUCAGAAGAGUUCUAUUGUGGAAGAACAAUCUAACUGGAAGUAUUCCAGGUGCUUUAGGGAACUGUUCACAUUUGAUAGUGAUCGAUUUCUCAAUGAAUCUUCUGAGUGGUGGGGUUCCUCCUUCUCUUGUAAAUUUGGUGGCGUUGGAGGAGUUUCUGCUGUCUGAGAAUAAUAUAUCAGGCAGCAUACCACCUUUAUUUGGAAACCUUUCCAGUUUAAAGCAACUGGAAUUGGACAACAACAGAUUUACUGGCAAGAUUCCACCUGUCAUUGGGAAACUAAAAGAACUUACUCUGUUCUUUGCCUGGCAGAAUCAGCUGCAUGGAAGCAUACCAACUGAGCUGGCCAAUUGUGAGAAACUUCAAGCUUUGGACCUUUCACACAAUCUCCUCAAUGGGUCAGUUCCAAGUUCUCUCUUUGACCUCAAGAACUUAACUCAAUUGUUGUUGAUAUCAAAUCAACUUUCAGGAGUUCUUCCAACCAAUAUUGGUAACUGCACCAACUUGAUCCGCUUACGGCUGGGAUCAAACAACUUCACAGGUCAAAUUCCAUCUGAACUUAGGCUCCUUCAUAGAUUGACCUUCCUUGAAUUGUCAGAAAAUCAAUUUAAUGGGGAAAUUCCUCCUGCAAUUGGAAACUGUACCCAGUUAGAAAUGGUUGAUUUGCAUGGCAAUGAGCUCCAAGGCAUGAUUCCUUCAUCUUUCCAAUUCCUUACUGGUCUUAAUGUUUUAGACCUUUCCAUGAACAUGAUAGAAGGAGCGAUUCCUGAAAAUUUGGGCAAUCUGACAUUCCUAAACAAACUGGUCAUCAGUGGAAACCACAUUACAGGUUCCAUACCAAAAUCAUUGGGCUUCUGUAAGGAUUUGCAGCUGUUGGAUAUGAGCAGCAACAAUAUCACUGGCUCUAUCCCAGAUGAGAUCGGACGCUUGCAAGGUCUAGAUAUUCUCUUGAAUCUGAGUUGGAAUUCUCUGACAAGCCCCCUUCCAGAAAGCUUCUCAAAUCUCUCGAAACUUGCCAAUAUGGAUCUCUCCCACAAUAUGCUGACAGGAAGCCUGAAAGUACUGGGCAGUCUCGACAAUCUUGUGUCCCUGAAUGUCUCAUACAAUGACUUUUCUGGUCCACUUCCCAAUACUAAUUUCUUCAAAGAUAUUCCAUCAACUGCAUAUGAGGGCAACCCGAAGCUAUGCAUUAACAGAAAUGAGUGCCACUUGAACGGUAACCUGCAUGACAAGAAAUCCAUCAGAUAUCUAAUUGUUUGUGUUCUUCUUAGUGUGACUGCAACUAUAUUGCUAAUGCUUGCUGGAAUAGUUUUAUUCGUUAGAGUUGCUGGAAUCACAUUUGGGAUGGACGGUAAAGAAGAAAGUCAUUUGAUAUGGGAUUUCACCCCAUUUCAAAAGCUUAAUUUUUCUGUUAAUGAUAUUGUGACUAGACUAUCAGAUUCAAACAUCGUGGGGAAGGGUUGCUCAGGAAUGGUUUAUCGUGUGGAGACUCCGACAAAACAGGUCAUUGCAGUGAAGAAGCUAUGGCCGGUAAAUAAUGGCGAGCGUCCACAGAUCGACUUGUUUUCUACAGAAGUUCGUACUCUUGGAUCAAUUAGGCAUAAAAACAUAUUGAGGCUUCUGGGAUGUUGUAACAACGGAAAAACCAGACUGCUUUUGUUUGAUUACAUUAGCAAUGGCAGUUUGGGUGGAUUGCUCCAUGAGACAAGGCUGUUCUUAGACUGGGAUGCAAGGUACAAGAUUGUACUGGGAGCAGCUCAUGGUUUAGCUUAUCUUCAUCAUGAUUGUAUACCUCCAAUCGUUCAUCGGGAUAUUAAGUCUAACAACAUCUUGGUAGGACCACAGUAUGAAUCUUUUCUAGCAGAUUUUGGCAUUGCAAAGCUUUUGAGUUCUCCAGAAUGCGGCAGAGCCUCCAACACAGUUGCAGGUUCUUAUGGCUACAUUGCUCCAGAAUAUGGAUAUAGUUUGAGAAUCACAGAAAAGAGUGAUGUGUACAGCUAUGGAGUGGUGCUCCUGGAGGUCCUAACCGGGAAGGAACCGAUGGAUAACAAGAUUCCGGAGGGUGCCCAUAUUGUCACUUGGGUCAAUAAGGAACUCCGGGAGAGGAAACGGGAAUUCACAUCAAUUCUUGACCAGCAGCUAAUAUUGAGAUCAGGGACACAAACCCAAGAGAUGCUUCAAGUGCUUGGGGUGGCCCUGCUCUGUGUUAAUCCUUGCCCAGAGGAUAGGCCAACAAUGAAAGAUGUAACAGCAAUGCUCAAGGAGAUCAGACAAGAAAAUGAGGAUUGGGAAAAACCGGAUUUUCUGGGAAAAGGAGAUGCGCAAGUUACAGUCCACAGUUCCAGCUUCUCCAGGUCAUCUGAACCUCUAAUUGGAUCACCUUCUUGUUUUCCCACAAACCCCUAAAGUCAUCAUUCCACUUCAUUAAUUUUUAUUUUUUGUUCAGGUAAAAAGAUACACUUUGUAUAGAUUAAUGUUGAGUAGUAGCAAUAAGACAUGUUUAUUGUCUUUCACUAUGAUUCAGGAAUUGCAUUAUCAGAAUGGGGGCUUUCUCCUCUA